AUGUCGCCAGUUUUUGGAGGAAAUAACCAUACAGAUAGGCUUUCCUUGCUUGCAAUUAAGGCUCAACUACAAGACCCUCUUGGAGUUCUCAACUCCUGGAAUGCAUCUCAACAAUUCUGCCAAUGGCCGGGCGUUACUUGCAGCCCAAGGCACAGAAGGGUCACUGUCUUGGACCUCCAUUCAUACAAGCUCAAAGGUAAGUUAUCUCCCCACGUUGGAAAUUUAAGUUUUCUCAGAAUGUUAAGACUCUCUGGCAAUAGUUUCAGCCACCAUAUUCCUCCACAAAUCGGUCAUUUGUUCCGACUGCGAGAGUUAUACCUCAAUAAUAACUCCUUUAGUGGUGAAAUUCCACACAACAUCUCGCACUGUUCUAGCCUUCAGUACCUAAGACUGUCUGAAAACAAUCUUAGUGGCAAACUUCCCAUAGAUAUAGGCUUUAUAUCCAAGCUUGAAGUGCUUGAUUUGGCUUCCAACAACUUAGUUGGAGAAAUACCUAUUUCUUGUGGCAAUCUAUCUUUUCUUACGGAGUUAAGAUUGCAACGUAACAGCCUGAAUGGAAGAAUUCCAAUUAGCUUUGGCCAGCUGAAAAGUUUGAGAGUUCUGAGGCUUGGACAAAAUUAUAAUUUGACUGGUACAAUUCCUACCUCCAUAUACAAUCUUUCUUCCAUUAGAAUAUUUUCAGUGGCUGAUAACCAACUUAGUGGAAACCUACCACCUGACUUUGGUCACACUCUUCCCAACCUGGAAUUAUUUCUAUUUUCUGGAAAUCAAUUUGUUGGACCAAUUCCAAAAACCAUUUCCAAUGCAUCGAACCUUGCAUAUUUUGAAAUUGGAAGAAACAAGAUUACAGGUAAAGUGCCCAGUUUAGCAAGCCUUUCCAAGUUACGGAGUCUACAUAUUGCUCUUAAUAAUCUUGGAUUUCACAAGGAUGAUGACUUAAAUUUCAUCACCUCUCUUGUAAACUGCACAAAGUUAGACACCUUGCAGAUUUCUUUCAAUAACUUUGAAGCAUCUUUGCCUGAAUCAGUGAGCAACUUGUCAACAAAUCUUGAGCUGUUAUCACUUGCAAGUAAUUUGAUACGAGGAAGUAUUCCCACUGAUAUUGGAAAUCUCAUCAACUUGGAGGUAUUAAUUAUGGAUCAUAACCAGUUGACUGGUCCUAUACCCACCUCGAUAGUUAAGUUACAAAAAUUAUAUUGGAUGGUUAUGGACAAAAAUAAACUCUCAGGUGUUAUACCUUCUUCUCUGGGAAAUUUGACAUGGUUAAACAAAGUCUUGCUAGCCUCAAACAACUUGCAGGGUAGCAUACCAUCAAGUCUUGGAGGAUGUAAGAGUUUGACAUUAAUGGAUCUUUCUCAAAACAAUCUCACAGGUCCUAUACCAAAACAACUUAUUGGCUUGUCAUCCUUGUCUGAGGGAUUAGAUUUAUCAAAGAAUAGGUUGACUGGUCCCAUCCCUAUGGAAGUAGGUAAUCUGGCAAACACCCCAUAUCUGGGUCUGGCAGAAAAUAAAUUGACCGGUGAAAUUCCUGAAACUCUUGGUAGUUGCACGAGCUUGAUGUAUUUGUAUUUGGACGGAAACUCAUUGCAAAGGAACAUUCCCUCAUCUUUGGUUUCUUUGAGAGGAAUAGAACAAAUUGACUUUUCUCACAACAACUUAUCUGGAAAACUUCCACUCUAUUUGCAGACUUUUCGUUCAUUGCGGCUUCUGAAUUUAUCGUUCAAUGAUUUUGAAGGUGAGGUACCUAUUCAGGGAGUGUUCAGUAAUACAAGUGCACUUUCCAUAGUGGGAAACGCUAGGCUAUGUGGAGGUAUUCCUGAAUUGAACUUAUCUAGCUGCUCCACCAAUUUGUACAAGAAGCAUAAACACUCUCUCAAGGUGAAGAUAAUCAUUGUUUCAGUUGCCUGUGGACUUGUUGCAUUGAUUGUUAUGGUGCUUUUGCUUAUAUUUAGUGCGUGGAGGAAAAGAAGCAAGUCAGCAAAUUUGGGGUUAUCAUUUGGAAUUUCUUUCGUGCAAGUAUCAUAUGGAGAUCUUUUUAGAGCUACUGAUGGCUUUUCUGAAGGAAAUAUGAUUGGUGCUGGAAGUUUUGGUUCUGUAUAUAAAGGAAUCUUAAAUCAGCCAGAAACAAAAGUUGUUGCCGUGAAAGUACUAAACCUUGGAACUUCAAGAGCAUCAAAAAGUUUUGUAGCUGAAUGCAAAGCCUUGAAAAGGAUCAAGCACCGAAAUCUUGUCAGAGUUAUAACUGCAUGUUCAAGUAUUGAUUUUCAGGGAAACGAUUUCAAAGCUCUUGUCUAUGAGUUUAUGAUUAAUGGGAGCCUAGAAGAGUGGCUACAUCCAUAUCACAGAACAAGCAUGGAAGAAGAACACAAGAAUUUGAGUCUUAUUGAGAGGGUAAACAUUUCCCUGGGUGUGGCAAAUGCUCUAGAUUAUUUGCACAAUCAAUGCCACGUGCCAAUAGUUCAUUGUGAUUUGAAGCCAAGUAAUGUCCUCUUGGAUAGUGACAUGAAUGCUCAUCUUGGAGAUUUUGGAUUGGUGAGGUUCCUCCCGGAUGCUUCCCAUUCAUUUUCCUCAGAACAAACCAGUUCUCUUCGAGUAAGAGGCUCCAUUGGAUACACUGCUCCAGAGUAUGGCAUGGGAAGCAAGGUGUCAAAAUCCGGCGAUAUAUACAGUUAUGGAAUACUAUUGCUGGAAUUGUUCACAGGAAAAAGGCCAACUGAUACUAUGUUUACAGAUGGUAUGAAUCUGCAUAAUUUUGCUCUGAUGGGUCUUUCUCAUAGUGUGGAAGAAAUUACAGAUGCCGCGCUUCUUCAAACAGAAGAUGAAAUUAGCAGCAACACCAAUUGCAACAGGAAUAGGGCCCAAAAUCAACGCAUUCGCAUUCUUGACUGCUUGAUUUCUGUAAUUAAAAUCGGAGUUGCUUGCUCUUCUGAAAUGGAAAAAGAGCGAAUGGAUAUUGCCAAAGUUGUUUCUGAACUCUGUCAUAUAAAGGAGAGAUUGGUCAGAACAUAG